GCUCCUCCUCCACGGCGUCCUGCUCCUCCUCCUGCUGCUCCUCCUCCUCCUGCUCCACGGUCUCCUCCUCAGCUGCUGCUGCAGCAUCCUCCACCUCUUCCUGGGCCUUCGCAUCAGGCCACUGCUGUCAAUGUUGCAGCCCCCGGCUACCAGCAGGUGCGUCGGCUGGCCCACGGUCUGGUGGAGAUUUGUGAGAAGGGAGACAUCACCCAGGAGGAGGUGGAGGUGCUCGUGGGUCUUUGGCAGAACCUCCUGGAUGUGGAUAAGGGCCGUGUAGUGUAUCCCUCACGCUACAGGGCCCAGCUGACACACGUGAGGUUCAAGAAGUCAAAGACCUCCACAGCCAACACAGAGGCCGUCCCCGGGCUGGAAAGCAUGAAGCGCUGCAUGGUGGGAACAGGCAGCGGCCCCGCCACGUGGCCCGACACCAGCCGGUUGGUGGAGGACAUCUUCAUCCUCCUCUGCCAGCUAAUCCCCAGCAGCAGAACACAGUGGGGGUUCCUCCGGAGCCGCUGGACUCUGGUGAUCACGGCAUACGACCAGGUCAGAGCUACGGUUUAUAGAUGUCCAGCGCUCGUAGCCAGGACGACCCUCCAGCUGUUUACGGUCAACCAGCAGACCCUCUCUCAGUGGCACAAGAGGUGGAUAGCGGCCCAGGAGAAGAUCAUCCUCACCUCUGGGAUCCAAGCGCUGCAGGCCCCCCGGACGGCAGAGGAGGCCCUUCUUUCUGAGACGUCAAUUGAGGAGGAGGAGCCCCAAGGAGAGGAGCCGCGAGCAGAGGAGCCCCUGCCUGGCCCUGGCACCCUCUGCAAAGAGCUGCGGCCCCCGGAAGAAGAGGAGCCCUUUCCUGCCACCCCCUCUUCCUCUUCCUCUUCCUCCUCCGCCCCCUCCUCCUCCUCCUCCGCCUCAUACACUCCCAAGUCCACAAAUUACAACCGUCUCAGACUGCAGAAGCAGCAGGCGGAGGCAGCUCAGAGGGGGGAGAGUCGGAGACUCAGAGCCCCGUCUCAGAACAAGUGCUCCUCCUGUGGGCUGAGAAAGAUAAAGGAGACGGGGCACAGACUCCUGGUGAAGGCCAGCGGGGAGAGAGUGAGCUACUGCCCUGUUUUGGCCAAAGAGAGGAGCCCUGAGGAGUGGUUGGAGUCCCUCCAAUAAGAAACACUGGACACAAUAACAUGUAUAUAAUGUAAAUAUAUUUUUCAAAUAAAGAGUUCAAACUU